UUUUGAAGGCACGUGGUCUCUCUCUCUCUCUCUAGGGCUUUCUCUGCGUAGUUCUCUCCCUCCUGGGGGUUUCUGAUCUGUACUCAGCUGUGAUUCGAACAAGCGAUUUACUCUUGCUAUUGGAAUCCAUGCCUCGGUAUUAUUGUGACUACUGCGAGACUUAUUUGACACAUGAUUCUCCAUCCGUUAGGAAGCAACAUAAUACGGGCUACAAACACAAGGCAAAUGUGCGGACCUAUUAUCAGCAAUAUGAGGCACAGCUUAACCAAAGUUUGAUUGACCAAAAGGUUAAGGAACAUCUUGGGCAAGCUGCAGCGUACCGGCCAGUUGGUGCUUCUUUUAACCCGCUGAGGCCUGGUCUUCCUGUUCUACCUACUCCGGUUUUGCCGUUUCCGGGAAACACACAGUUACCUGCGAGUUUACCCUUGGCCCCAGGAAUGAGGCCUCCUGUUUUGCUGAGACCAGUUCCUGGUUAUAUGUCUGCUCCAGCCAUGCCGCCAGUGAUGGUGCCACCUGGUGCUCCUUCCUUGCCUGGUCAAGUUAAUGGUACCCCCGGGCCUGUGACAAUGAAUGCUCCCUCGAUGGUUCCAGGGAGUACAGGGACAGCUUCUUCUAGUGGUGCCCCUUCAAUGUUUACACCAGCAAUUUAUCAAGCCAAUGCAGCAGCACCAACUGCUGGAAGUAUCGAUAAUUCCAUUACAAAUUCCCAAGCUCCCGAGGCUAGUCAUUAGUCUGAUCAAAAUGGUGGUUUUGCUUCUGUACCUUAGGCUGGCAAUGUAAUUUUUUCACAUUGGUAGGAGAUGCUAAAGGAGCAGUUGUGGAGGAUAAAUGGGGGCAAAAUGACAUAAUCAGGAGAUCAAAGGCUCACCAUCAUUGUUUUAAUCGGUAGCAGUUAUCAGUUCUGUAGCCGUUGCUCAUAUUCUACUGUCUUAAAAACUUCCAAUUUUGGGACAUUCUAAGAGACUAAACGAACAAAUGGUUACCAUUGCAAGAGAAUUAAGGGUUUGGAUGUAUUUGGGGUGAAAAUUAGUCGAUGAGAUUAAAAAAAUAAGAUUGAUAAUAGAAUGUCAUGA